GCACUACUGGCCUGGUGCCCAUGCCAGCAAAGCUCCUUCAGCCUAGGCUUGCUGGAGCGCAUGCCCACUUGCUGGUGGCCCUAUGCCCUGUAUCCCCAGUUCUCUCCCACAUGACCUCAUGGCCCAAGCUGCUCUUGGCCCUGAGGCUACAGUGAACUGGACUACCUGGUAGAAUGUGGUAGGUCUUUGGAAUGCAGGGGCCUAUAAUGGGUCCUCCUCAGGAAAUGAGACACCCCUGAAAAUGAGGAAAGGCCUCUGAGCCCAAGGAAAAAGGGCAAAGCUCCUCCUGCAAUGUGUUAGAGGAUUCCAGGGAGCAAGGGCUAGCAAAAGUAGGUACCAGGCUGCCCAGGCCUGGCCUACUUGUCUGGGGUUGGGGACUGGGGAAGGUGGCAAGAGGCCGGGCUUGUGGCAGCUAAGUCAAUGCUUUGGACAAGGCCCAAAGCCUCUCUCUGCCUGACUAGCACCCUUGCCCCUGGCCACCUAUGCUGCCUUCUAAUCUAGGGUGGACUCAGUACUUGCUGCUGCCAGCUGAGGAGGCAGUACACAAAGGUCAGAGGGCUCCCCCAAGUGACCUGGAUUCCACAGUUAUCUCCUCCAAGCCAAUAGGGGCAGGAAGAUGGGGCGUGUCCCAGACCCCCUCAGCACCUCAACCCCAGUUGACAACACUGCUGAGCCCAGUCUCAUUCCAGAUCUCAUUACCAGGAUCCCCUGGCCCGGUUGGGCACUCUUUAUCGCCAUUCUUGCUGCUGGAGUCCUCCUGGUCUCUUGUCUGCUCUGUGUCAUCUACUGCUGCUGCCAUCGCUGCCAGCGCCGCAGGAAGAAGCCCAAAGACAAAGAAGCUGUGGGUCUGAGCAGUGCUCAUAGCAGCACCACUACUCACCUGGUUCAACCAGAUGUGGACUGCCUGGAGCCCUGCUCUGGGGGACUCCAACAGUGGGGGCGACUGCUGCUCUCACUGGAGUAUGACUUUGGAAGCCAGGAGAUUAGGGUGGGCCUGAGGCAGGCUGAAAACCUGAAGGCUGAAGGUACAGCAGACCCCUACGCCCGCAUCAGUGUUUCCACCCAGGCUGGGAGAAGACACGAGACAAAAGUGCAUCGUGGGACUCUCUGUCCCAUGUUUGAAGAGACAUGCUGCUUCCUGGUCCCACCAGCAGAGCUGCCCAGGGCUACCCUGAAGGUGCAACUGUUGGACUUCAAGCGGUUCUCAGAACACGAGCUACUAGGGGAGCUUCAGCUAUCCCUGAGCACUGUAGACCCUCUUCAUGUCCUGGAGAGCUGGUACCUGCUGGGCCCUCCAGGUACCACUGAGCUUGAGCAGAUGGGGGAGCUGUGCUUCUCACUGCGCUACGUGCCCAGCUCAGGCCGUCUGACUGUGGUUGUGCUGGAGGCUCGGGGCCUGAAUCCAGGGCUUGUAGAGCCCUAUGUGAAGGUCCAGCUCAUGUUAAACCAGAGAAAAUGGAAGAAGAGGAAAACAUCCUCUAAGAAGGGCACAACUAUGCCCUACUUCAACGAGGCCUUCACUUUCCUGGUUCCCUUUAGCCAGCUCCAGAGUGUGGACCUGGUGCUGGCUGUCUGGGCCCAUGGCCUGCAUCACCGGGCUGAGCCUAUAGGCAAGGUUUUGCUGGGUCCCAGGGCUUCAGGACAACCUCUACAGCACUGGGCAGAUAUGUUGGCCCAUGCCAGACGGCCUAUCGCCCAGUGGCACCACCUGCAGUCCCCCAGGGAGGUGGACCGUGCUCUGGCCCUGAAGCCUCACCUGCCCCUACCUAGGCCUCACUCCUAAAAGAACUGUAGGCUUCAGUUUCCCCAAAUGGAGCUGUGGGCAUUUGUCCAGGCUCUUCCAAGCUUUCUGAAA